CUGCCUUGGUCGUCUGGGAGACUGCCCCGAAUGUGCGAUGGGUGAUGAGCAGUACUGCGCCCACAAGAUCGUCGGUACCUACAACAAUGUUCACCUGAAUGGCGGCAAGUCUUACGGUGGAUAUGCUCUGUACAACCGCACCCCGUCUCACUUUGUUAUUAAGAUCCCCGACAGCAUCCCUUCGGCGCAGGCCGCCCCUAUGCUGUGUGGUGGUGUCACCCUAUUCAGUCCCUUGAAGCACCACAACUGUGGUCCCGGCAAGCGCGUGGGUAUCAUUGGUGUUGGUGGAUUGGGCCACUUCGGUGUGCUUUUGGCCAAGGCCAUGGGUGCUGAUAAGGUGGUUGCUAUCUCCCGCAAGACUGGCAAGGCCAAUGAUGCGCUGGCUAUGGGUGCCGAUCUCUAUGUUGCUACGGAUGAUGAGCCGGACUGGGCUACCAAGUAUGCCCGGUCUCUGGAUCUGAUUGUCUGCACUGUUUCCUCGACCAAGAUGCCCAUGACCGAGUACCUGGGCCUGCUUGCGACGGGCGGUGCCCUGGUCCAGGUCGGACUUCCUGAUGACGGUGUUCUCCUGGCCCCUGUCGGCAAGCUGCAGCGUCGCCUGAAGGCCACCAGCUCCUUUAUCGGCAGCCCCAACGAGAUCCGUGAGAUGUUCCAGCUUGUUGCUGAGAAGGGAGUCAAGGCCUGGAUUGAAGAGAUCCCGAUGAAGGACGCCAAUCAGGCCAUUGUGGAUAUGCACGCGGGCAAGGCGCGGUACCGUUAUGUGCUGGUGAAUGAGCAGUGAUAUGAUGAUGGUGAUGAUUUACGAUGUAUGGAGUUGUUGGAGUUUAGUUGGAGAAGAGGACAGCGAUGUUGCACAGAAAUAGAUAGAGAUAGAGAUAGAGACUAAAAUGAUACCAUUUUCGUUG